AUGGAGAACCCUCCGAACAGGAGAGCCAGACGGGCCAGACGGGCCAGACGCGGUCGACUACGCAUCGACAGCUGGGCCGAUGUGGACGCCUCACAAGCACCGCUGAUAAUCAUCCAGACCACCAUCUUGUCGUUCUUCACAGUUGUUGUGUUUCUGACUCCAAUUUUGGUCAGCUGUUACGCGACGUAUUACGCGUACGCCACAGAAUUAAAAUUAUUUUACAAAUUGAUAAUCUAUCCAUUGACGCCCAAUUUUCCUCAUUCCGAAGUGGUAAGAUGUUGUGUAGAAUUCCUAAACUCAUUCCUCGUGACCACCCUUGUAUUGUUUAUCAUUGUCGUUUGGCGUACGAUGUAUUUAUGGAUGCAAUUAAUCGUCGAACUCUUGUAUAAUGGUCAAUUAUUUUUGUUGUAA